CAUCGAACGGGCAAAAUAGGGGCCGAGCUCUAUUCUAACCUAGUAUCAUACGAGCAUUUGCGUAUAAAACCCUAAAAACACAGUUUUCUUGCUCUGUUCUGAACUAUCUCAGCGCAAUUCUCUUUCUGUAUUUUGAUUCUGAGCAAGAAUUAACAACAGGAAAGAGAGAGAGAAAAAAAAAAGAUAACAUAAAAUGCCUCCGAAAGCAGCUAAAUCAAAGGAAGCCCCAGCUGAAAGGCCGAUUCUUGGUCGGUUUUCAUCCCACCUUAAAAUUGGAAUUGUUGGGUUGCCUAAUGUUGGCAAAUCAACUCUUUUCAACACCCUUACCAAGUUAUCCAUACCUGCUGAAAAUUUCCCCUUUUGUACCAUUGAGCCCAAUGAGGCUCGAGUUAAUAUUCCUGACGAGCGAUUUGAUUGGCUUUGUCAACUGUUCAAGCCAAAGAGCGAGGUGUCAGCUUUCUUAGAAAUUCAUGAUAUAGCUGGACUUGUUCGUGGUGCUCAUGAAGGACAAGGAUUGGGGAAUAAUUUUUUAUCUCACAUCCGCGCAGUUGAUGGCAUUUUUCAUGUUUUACGUGCAUUUGAAGAUCCUGAUAUUAUCCAUGUUGAUGAUUCUGUGGAUCCUGUGAGGGAUUUAGAGGUUAUAUCUGCAGAAUUGCGGCUUAAGGAUAUUGAAUUCAUUGGGAGGAAGAUAGAGGAUGUUGAGAAGAGCAUGAAGAGAAGCAAUGACAAGCAAUUGAAAAUAGAGCACGAUUUGUGUCUAAGGGUCAAAUCAGUGCUUGAGGAGGGAAAAGACCUCCGUCUGGUGGACUGGAAAGCUGCUGAUAUAGAGAUCCUGAAUACUUUUCAGUUGCUUACUGCUAAACCUGUGGUCUACUUGGUUAAUAUGAACGAGAAAGAUUAUCAAAGAAAAAAGAACAAAUUUCUUCCAAAGAUUCAUACUUGGGUGCAGGAGCAUGGUGGCGAAACAAUAAUCCCUUUCAGCUGUGCUUUAGAGAGGAAUCUUGCUGACAUGCCCCCAGAUGAAGCUGCAAAAUAUUGCGAGGAGAACAAAGUACAAAGUGCCCUUCCAAAGAUCAUAAAGACUGGAUUCUCAGCCAUUAACCUCAUAUACUUCUUCACGGCAGGACCAGAUGAGGUGAAGUGCUGGCAAAUUCGUCGACUGACAAAAGCUCCUCAAGCUGCAGGGACAAUUCAUACUGAUUUUGAAAGAGGGUUCAUUUGUGCAGAGGUCAUGAAAUUUGAUGAUUUAAAGGAGCUUGGCAGUGAGGCAGCUGUAAAGGCUGCUGGAAAGUACAAACAGGAAGGAAAGACAUAUGUUGUCCAAGACGGAGACAUAAUUUUCUUCAAAUUUAACGUCUCUGGGGGUGGAAAGAAGUGAGUUACGCAUCUUGGCCAAUCUUCGACGCAUUUUUUCUCAUUUUAAGAUUGGAUGUGACUCGAUCAUUGCAUUAAGAGAUUUCUUGAAAUUCUCUAUGUUGUGAGGGUUGUACGGACUUUUUUGGGCAAAUUCUAUUAAUGCAAUGAACUUGAUUAAUUAUCCA